AUGGGGAAGUGGAGUGACCGAUUCCUCAAAGUGUGGGAGCAGAGCUAUGGUAACCUCUUGAGCCUGGCCUUCAUCCUGUUCCUAUUUAGGGAAUCCGCAGGGCAGCCAGUGUUGAAUGUCCAAGAGGCCGGGGGAGUCAAAGAACGCCAGGGGCGGGGCGACCGCGGCUGCGGCUCCUCCUUCGGGCAGCGGGAGUCCAGAUGCGAGGGACGCCCUCCAGAGCCGAGCUGGGCCGGCCGGGCAGUUAGGGUGCUGGGAGGUUGCGGUGCAGGGUGGGUGGGUGCAGUGAGGCUGGAGCCACGCUGGGGGGCUGGGCUGGCGGGGGGAGGCUGGAGCCGCGCCGGGGAGAGGGAGGCGGCGGUUGGGUGCUGGAGGGCGCUGGUGCGGUGCCAGUGGGCGGUGGCGCCUUACGCCACCCGCCCCACCCCCGUCACCGUGCCCGCCCCACUGCGUGGGAUUUUACAACCUAGGUCCCCGGGUGGUGGUGGUGGAGGGAAGGGCGGCGGGGACGUUUCCGGGGCGGGGGAGGGGCGCACUGCUCCAGAACUGGACCGAGGGCGGGGCUCCCCUCUGCUUCUCGCCUCUGUUCCUGCGCUGAGACGCAGGCGUUUCCUGGCGCGAAGCGACUCGCCCCGGAGCUCCCCUGCACCGUCCUGGGUGUCAGGACGCGUCAACCCAGAUGACCCGACCCGGAGAUCCUCGAUCCUCUGCCCUCUUCCCCCUACCAAGUCCUUAACCGGAGAGGGAGGAGCUACCAGUGUCCUCCAGACGUUCUCCAAAGCCCGAGCUGCCGGGAGAAGCUUGCUCAAGGCGGGUGCGCCCCUCAGACGUUUGUUUGCACGCAGGGGUUUUGACGUUUUGCUAAUCUACAGCGUUUGCCAGGGAAUCAGGGCUGUUUCGAAGAGCUUGCGUCUAUUUGAUGCUCCCAUCUUGAACAAAUCGUUUCCAUUCGAUUUGUUUAACCAAGGCGAGGGCGGACUAUGUUGUUACUUAAAAGUUACCCUUCAUCCAAGCUGUCCUCAGAUUUUCAUCUAAGGGUGUCAUAACACCCCAGGUCGUUGCGCAAAUGUUUUGUGACAAUUUAGAAAAACAGAGGGGGGAAAUACCCUUAGAGAAAAAAUCAUAACCAACAAGAAAAUUAUGUUAAAUGAUGUUGGUCCUUUUUCAUCGGAUGGUCCCAGUUGACGCAUAGUCUUUUACAAAACCAGUGACUAUUCACAGUCUUCAAUUUAUGGCACAUCUCCCGGUGGGGGCGAAGUGCAUGAAUGGGUCCCACCUUAUUCACCAGCUGAAACUCUGAACAAGCCUUGGGGUUUCCUCUCCCAAAGACUGCCAGGCUUCACUGAGAAUCAAAACAAAACAGGAUACUAAAUGCCUGCGUGUUCAUGAAUCAAGUAUGUACAGUGAGAGAGAUCUGACAGCACUCCCUGCCUUCCCCCGAAGGAGGAGAAAUGUCAUGAAGCUAAGAGAGACUCAACAUGGAAAAUCCAAACCCUCCGAGGACAUUUACAUAGCACGGAGAGAGGGCUGAAUGGUCCAUCUGGGUGCCUCCUUCAUCCUCUGAAACCAGGCAGAUCAACCCUCAGAAUUCUGAGCCACGUUCCCAAAUGGUUCUGUGAUUUAAAGGCAAGUAGGCGCAGCCAGAAAUAGGAAAUACCGUGUCCCAUGCACUCGUGGGAGAAACUCUUCCCUCUUACUUCAUAUCUCAACUCUGCCAGAGUCAUCAUGCUAUGAGUGUAUCUUUUUUGGUUUCUUAGACAAAGUGUCACUCUGUCACCUGGGCCAGAGUGCAAUGGUGCAAUCAUAGCUCACUGCAGCCUCGAACUCCUGGGCUCAAGUAAUCCUCACACCUCAGCCUCCUGAGUAGCUGGGAAUACAGAUGCAUGUCACUUAGCCCGGCUAAUUUUUUUUUUUUAUUUUUUGUAGAGACAGGGUCUCGCUUUGUUGCCCAGGCUGAUGUCAAACUCCUGGGCUCAAGUGCUCUUCCUCCCACCUCAACCUCCCAAAGUGCUGGGAUUACAGACAUCAGAUACCAUAUCUGGCCCUAAAGGACUAUUUAAAAACUACAGUGAAAUUUUUUUAUCCAGGUCAGUGGAUAAAUACAGAAGCCUACAAACGGCGGGUGGGGAGGGCAGGGGGAAAGCAUAUUCAGCAACUCUGAAGCAUUCUCUGAUUUGGAUCAUCUUUAGUAACAACUGUAAUGACCUUUCUUGACACUCAAGGUGGGAAAUUCAAAAUUCAGAGGGAAAAAUGUAAAAGCAAUCCUAUAAAUCAUUUAGUGUGAAUUUGGUUUAAAUUUAUUCCACGUCAGAGAAGUUUCAUUAUUAAUAUAGUCAAAAGAGCAUGUCCUAGCUUCAGAUCUUUUCUGUUUAUAAAGAAUAUUCCUCAUAUUCCUAUUUGUAAGAAAAAUGUAAUAUCAAAUUGUAUGCAUAAUCUUUCCAGAUUCAACCAUCAGUAACUUUUUUGGAAUGCCCAAUAAAGAUUGAAAUAAGAAAGGCCUGAGAAAAUUAUAUUUUGCCAGAAACAUUUAGGUUCCUCUCUCACUUAGUAUACAUGUCAUUUCCUCUGUAACAUGGACAUACUUGGUGAACUUUUCAUGACUCAUACAACUUUCUUCAUGGUCAAGAUGACCUGGUCCUACACCUCUCAAAGUAAUAAGCAUAAACUGAUAAGACCCUUAGUCUUUUAAAAAAAGAAUACACCAUUUAUGUUUGACUAAAGAUGUACAUUUAUUAUUAUUUUUAUGUGGCUUCUGUAUUUGUCAUGCAUACUACAGAUUGAUUCCAUCCUUAGCCCUCACCCCACCAAUGGUUUCUAUCACCUAGGGAAUUGAGGUUUGACUUGUUUAAAAGGUUGAUGCCCUGCAAAAUGUAUCCACAUAUGUCUUCUCACUAUAUACACUGCUAACUGUAGGACAAUAAAAAUUAUUAUGAAUAUGUAAUAUGUAAACUAUAAUUAAAUAUACUUCAAUUUUUCAAGAUCA